UAACAGGAACUCUAAUACCCUAAUGUACUUUAUCAUUACAAACCAGGAAAACUCAAAAAACGUCUUGCACUUGGAGGUUAGCGAUUUUUCCACUACACUUUGUGCUGUAUAAACUGCAAACGAAAUCUUCGCACUUCGCCCGAAAAAUAUCAGUGGGACACCUUAAAAAUCUUCUAAUAAAUCUGAAGUAAGAUGACGUGGUUGGGAGACAUCGCGAAUAAUGUCUUCGGAAAAAUGAUGUUUGGGGAUACCCCGCCGAAUGUAGUUUUAGAGGUAAGAACAGAUAAAUAUGGAAAUCGUCCGAUAGAUUGUCGUGAAGAUGGAAUCGUGCUGUACGGUCCUGGUGGGGAUAAAUGCACCGAUAAGUAUGAGAUCAUCCUUCAUCGUCCCUGUGAUGAAACAUUACAUCAAGCUUACAGUCUCUUUCGUGCUGAUAAUUUUGAAGUGGCACAAAUGAGGUUUAUAGUAUACAAAGAUCACAUACCCCCACUUGUGCACAUUUGCAAGGAAUUAUGCACUGUACCCAGAAUUCAAAAGGUUUGCGACGCCCUGUCAAACCAUCCAGAUUGGACACUCGCUCAUUUAGCUGCUUAUCUGGCCUUGUACGACACCUUCCAACAUGCAGUUGUGAAUAAAGAUCUCAACAGUCCUGCGUCAUCAUCAGGAAUUUCUCCCCUUCAAGUGGCAAUCCAGACGAAUAAUCUCCAAAUGGUUCAACAACUUCUCAACGCACAGGGAUCUAGAGAACAUCUCGACUGGAAUGCUAAUACAGUUUACCAUUAUGCAGCUUCUUCAACUAAAGAGAUAAUAUUUGCACUUGGAUGCGAUUUUCCAAAUAUUCUGAACAGCAGAAACAGUGCUGGACAAACGCCGCUCCACGUGGCUUGCCAAAGUGACAAACCUGACUGUGUUAAAGCUCUUUUGAUGAUCGGUGCUGAUGUCAAUAUAUCAGCAUUGGAGAGCACCAGGAAUUGUCCAAGCUACGUUGGCGAUCUCCUCAACAGCAAACCCAAUUCUCUAAUUGCUGAAGACAUGAAAUCCGGAGGAACACCUCUACAUUGGUCUUCAAGUAGAGAAGUCGUUAAUGCCUUAAUUGAGAUGAACUGCGACAUUGACGCCCUGAAUUUCGAUGGAAAAACUGCUCUUCACAUUAUGGUUAUAAGAAAGCGAUUGGAGUGUGUCGUUGCUUUACUGAGUCACAUGGCAUCGGUGAACAUAGUGGACAACGACGGCAACUCUCCCUUGCACAUCGCAGUGGCAAAAGGUGGCACCUUAACAAUUGUCCAGAUGUUGCUAGGCUUUGGAGUAGAUUUGAAUUGUAAGAAUUUCAAGGGUGAGACGCCUCGACAUCUCGUCGACAUAAAAAAUAGUGAGGGAGAGAAGAUUUUAUAUGCAUUGCACGCAGUUGGAGCUGAUAGAUGCGGAGCAGAUAUGAAAGAUUGCACACUUGGCUGUAAGUUUGAUGAAAAUUAUAAUGGCGUUGCACCACCCGAGCCUCCAACUUCAGUCCCAAGGACAAUAUUAGAUCAGAUGUUAUAUGUUUCCAGCAUGGAACAAAUGGCCUUCAACAAGCCUAAAAAAUUAAAAGGUGGCAGGUUAUUAUGUCUCGAUGGUGGAGGAAUUAGAGGUCUUGUUCUUGUUCAAGUUCUGAUAGAGAUUGAACAAAUUCUAAAUAAACCUGUGAUAAAUUGUUUCGACUGGAUAGCUGGAACAUCGACUGGAGGCAUUCUAGCAUUGGGAAUUGCCUCUGGAAAAAGUCUCAGAGAGUGUCAGGCUCUUUAUUUUCGUAUUAAACAAGAUGCCUUCGUCGGAUCUCGACCCUACAGUAGUGAUAGCCUUGAAAAAAUUCUCAAGGACUGUUUAGGUGCUCAUACAACAAUGUCAGAAAUCAAACAUCCAAAGCUUAUGAUAACGGGAGUUCUUGCUGAUAGAAAACCAGUCGAUCUCCAUUUAUUCAGAAAUUACGUAUCUCCAAGCACACUGCUUAGUGUUCCCCAAAGCUCAAAAUUUCAAGAUACCUUACCGCCUGAAGAACAACUCCUCUGGAAAGCAGCAAGAGCCACUGGAGCAGCUCCCUCAUACUUCAGAGCGUUUGGAAGAUUUUUAGAUGGUGGAUUAAUAGCUAAUAAUCCGACCCUUGAUGCUAUGACUGAAAUUCACGAGUAUAACUUGGCGUUGAACGCUGUAGGGUGUGGAGAUGAAAUGACUCCAUUAUCAUUAGUAGUUUCAAUUGGUACUGGAGCUGUGCCAGUUUCUCCAUUGAAGGAUAUUGAUGUCUUUCGUCCAGAGAGUCUAUGGGAUACUGUAAAACUUGGUAUGGGUAUCUCUGCUCUUGGAACUCUUCUGGUGGAUCAAGCCACCUGUAGUGAUGGCAGAGUAGUCGAUCGUGCUAGGACAUGGGCAUCUAUGACUGGAGUCCCAUACUUUAGAUUCAAUCCUCAGCUCUCCAGUGAAGUCUGCAUGGAUGAAAAAAAUGACGAAAUACUUGCUGACAUGAUAUGGACGUCCAAGGCGUUCAUGCAUGCUAAUAGAGAACAAAUCAAGGAACUUGCGGCUGUCAUAAAUAGAGAACCUUGAAUUUCACAUAUGUUGGGAUAAAAAAUCAUUGUAAUGAUAAUUAUUUCUCCCGGAAAAUGGCACAUAUUCUAUUUACUGCAGAUAUUUAUGUAAAAUCAUCUACCUCCGAAGAGAUCUGAUGUAUAAUUGUUUUCAUAGCAACACGUUAAGUAUUUUCUGCGAUAUUAAUAUUGUAUGGUUCUCCGAAAUAAUCUGUAUAUAAGUGUAUAUGUAGUAGCCGAAUUCUUGGAGCUAUUCCUAGUCCGAUUUGUUUUAUAAUCAUUAAUUUGACAUUAAUUGAAUUAAUUUUCUCUGAGUAGAACUCUACGGAAAUUUUAAUUUUAUGCAGUAGUUCGGGAUUUUCUAAUUCAAAUUGCUAUUUUUUUAGAAGGAUGAGCAAAUGUCCAUAUUCUCAAUCAGUGAUUAUAUUCUUUUAAAGAAUAACGUUACGUUAGAUAUGAAAUAUAUAAAGCCAACUUAUAAUUUAUCCGUCUUCUAAUUAUUUCUUCAAUCUUAAUAUAAUUACGUACCGUUUAUAAGGGAUGGUAAUUAUUUUGAGAAUUUUCUGAUUACUCUGCCCCAAAAGAUGAGUGAUGAGUCAUGCAUGAUUCAACCAUUUUAUUUUUACUCCUCCAAAUUGACUAUUCAUUGAAUUUGCAUCAUAAUAGAUGAAAUUCAAAACCCAAUUUAUUUGGUACAGGUUUUGACACUAAGGAUGAGACAGAAUAUUGAUGAAAAUUUUUUAGGAUUGAACAAUCUUUAAUCAAAAAUCAUAGGAUGCUUUUGAGUAAUAGUAAUAUUUUCUUGGUAGAAUCGACAUUGCAUAAAUAAAAAUAUAAACUCAGAUGAUAAAAGCUGAUGGAUGAAUACACCAUUCGACGCAUUCUAAUAACAUAAAGGUAUUUCCCUGAAUUUGGUGGUAUGACUCAAAAACGUCAUGCAUUUACCCGAGAAUAAUUUCCUCCGUUGCAUUUUCUGCAUAUUUUUAUUAAAACCCAAAGAUUU